UUUGUAUCUUUUCAUUUUAUCUCGAACCUCUUUCCAAUCUUCAAUUAAUUUGAUGUCGUUAUGAUGGAUUGUGUGUCGGUUCCCUCCUUCUUCAGCAAGGCUCUUCAAGGAAGAAGUCAACCACAGGAUCGAAACAUAGCAUCAAAAACCCCCAAUCCCUUGAGUUAUCCUAAGAGUUCUUUACGCUACGAUCCGCAACUCUUCAAGAACCCAUCAUCAGAAUAUCGAGGAUGCCCCUUCUGGGCAUGGAACACAAAACUCGACAAGGGCCAACUCCUUCGUCAAAUUGAUUAUUUCGCUGAGAUGGGAUUGGGCGGAUUUCAUAUGCAUGUUCGUACUGGUCUCGAUACAGAAUAUAUGGGAACAGAAUUCAUGGAUAUGAUUCGUGCUUGUGUUGAUUAUGCCGAAACCAAAAAAAUGUUAGCUUGUUUAUAUGAUGAUGAUAGAUGGCCUUCUGGAGCUGCUGGGGGAAAGGUUAUAAAGAAGUAUCCUGAACAUAAAGGGAAACAUCUUCUUUUUACACCUCAUCCUUACGGCACAGUACCACUUGGAGGGUAAGUUAUGAACCAACCACACUCCCCUCAUAAUCUGAUAUAUUUUAUCAACAGAGGCGCUCCCUCGUCAGCCAGAGCUAGCAGGAGUGAGAAUGGACAUCUAAUAGCAAGUUAUAACAUCGAGUUGAAUACUGAUGGCACACUCAAGUCAAGUCGAAUCUUGAAAGAAGACGAACCUGGUGACAAUAUCUGGUACGCCUAUGUUGAGUCGAAUCCUAAUUCAUCUUGGUUCAAUGAUCAAACAUACGUCGAUACUCUCAGUGAAGAUGCAAUGGCUCGCUUUAUUGAAAUUACGCAUGAAGCUUAUAAGGAUAAAUGUGGCGACAAAUUUGGAACUGUUAUACCCUGCAUCUUUACGGAUGAACCUCAAUUCGCUACCAAAACACGUCUUACUCAUCCCCGAGCUAACGAUGAUAUAUUUCUUCCAUGGACGACUGAUUUGCCUGAAAGCUUCCAGAGAGAGCACCAUGCCAAUAUUGUGGAAUUGUUGCCCCAGGUUAUAUGGAAUCUUCCAGAUGAUAAACCAAGCUUAUCAAGAUAUCGAUAUCAUGAUCAUGUCUGUGAAAGAUUUGUUUCAGCAUUCAUUGAUCAAAUUAGUCGUUGGUGCCGGAAAAAUAAUUUGUACCUAGAUGGGCACAUGAUGGAAGAGCCAACACUUUACUCCCAAACUACAGCUCUAGGUGAAGCCAUGCGUUGCUAUCGAAAUAUGGAUAUGCCGGGCAUAGACUUACUUGUUGAUGGUGUCGAAUACAAUACUGCGAAGCAAGCUUCUAGUGUUUCUAGACAAAUGGGUCAUCGAGGUACAAUGUGUGAGAUAUAUGGAGUUACUCAUUGGUACUUCACAUUUGAGGGCCACAAAGGUUGUGGUGAUUGGCAAGCAGCUCUUGGCAUUACCUUUCGUGUUCAUCACCUUGCUUGGUUAAGCAUGGCUGGAGAAGGGAAAAGAGACUACCCAGCUUCUAUUAAUUAUCAGAGUCCUUGGUACAAAGAAUAUGGUUAUGUUGAAGAUCAUUUUGCAAGAGUUGGAGUGGCAAUGACACGAGGGAAAGCUGUCACUCGAGUUGGGGUCAUUCACCCUAUCGAGAGUUAUUGGUUAUGCUUUGGUCCUGAUCAAAGUGGUGAUGAAGCAGGGUCUCGCGAUCGUGCAUUUUCCGACCUCACGAACUGGUUACUCCACGGCUUAAUUGACUUUGAUUUCAUAUCUGAGAGCUUAUUACCAACUCAGGUGAGUAAGAAUCAGGCCGGCAAGAAGCUGAGAGUAGGAUUUUGUGAAUACGACGUAAUCAUUGUGCCGAAUCUACGUACCAUUAGAUCAUCAACUCUCAAAGUUUUGCAAGCAUUUUCGAAAGCUGGGGGUCAUGUCAUCAUUGCUGGAAGUUCACCUGAGUGAGUAACAGCUUCAUCUGCUAUUGACCCCUUCAAGCCGAAAUUGUUCGGUUAUAUGUUCGUGGUCGAGAUAUACUAAUUAGGCCCUCUAGAUUAAUCGAUGCCAUAGUCCCGUCACAGAAGCCUACCAUAAAACAUAGUAACAACGUCUUCUGGAGUCAGCAAAACAUUUUGUGUGCACUAAAUGAAUACCGUGAUCUCCGAGUAACAGGGGAGGCUAGCUCCCCUGUCGAGAAUCUGUUGUAUCAGAUGAGGGAAGAUGGAGGGGAAAGAUUUGUUUUCAUCUGUAACACAGAUCGUAAUUCGCCAGUCACGACAAAGAUCGAGCUGAAAGGCCAUUGGGAUACUUUCAUAAUGGACACUUUCAAUGGAGAAGAAAGCCCAGUUCCUAGUCACGUUGAAAGUAGUUGGACACAACUGCAAUAUAAAUUUGAAGGUUGCGCAAGUCUUUUGAUGCGAUUAAUACCAAGGACAAGUCAUUCUAAUAAAGAGGUACUACCAUUGGUCAAAACCUCGGAGAAGACACCUCUAUUGGAAUCUAAAGUUACUCUCGCAGGAGUAGAACUUUCAGAGCCAAAUGUUCUCAUGCUUGAUUACGCAUCCUACAAACUAGAUUCUGAUGAGUAUUGGUCAGAUUCCACUGAAGUUCUUAAGAUUGAUAAUAUCAUUCGGGAUCGACUAAGAUUACCCCGUAAAGGAGCAGCAUUCAGACAACCUUGGUCAGUCCCAGCUUCAGAAAGAGCUCCCAAGACACAUGUCACCAUGCGUUUCCUUAUUAGAUCAGGGUGUGAUAUUAAUAGCCCAACAAGAAUCGCUCUCGAAGAUGCCAAAACAAUGGAAAUUAGUAUAAACGACACCAAGUUGAAUUUCCAAGGAGUUGAUGGUUGGUGGGUUGAUGAAGAUAUCCAGACUUUGAGAAUACCGGCCAAUACUAUCAAGGAGGGAACGAAUACGCUCACAAUCUCUUUUCCAUUUGGGAUUCUUACGAAUAUUGAACGUUUGUACUUGCUCGGGGAAUUUUCCAUUGGCACCAAACACGGCAAAUAUUAUCUCGAGCCACCCAGGAGCAUAUCCUGGGGAGAUGUCACAAAACAAGGUCUACCUUUCUAUGCAGGCAAUUUAACAUACAUUUGUAAUGUCUCGCUACCACCAGCAAGUCUUGACACAACUGUUUAUCUCUCGGUCCCGGAGUUUUCUUCACCAGUACUCGUUGUCGCUUCAGCUGAUACGGACCAAAAACUUGGACGUAUAGCGUUCCAACCUCGAAUGCUCGAUAUUACAUCACUUGGACCAGGAACUCAUAAGAUUGCAAUAACAGCUUUUGGAAAUAGGUAUAAUUCUUUUGGGCAUAUCCAUUUACCUGAUGGAAUUACGAAUGGUUGUUCUCCGGAUAGCUGGAGGAGUAAGUUUUCCUCGUUUCUCCUUUUUGCUCUAUGACUAUUCACUAAUUGAAAUAGCUGCUGGAAAUUGGUGGACGGAUAAUUAUAACGUGAAACCUGUUGGCAUAUUGGAAUGUCCGAGUUUGAAGGCGGAAAUAAAUUCAGUUGACGCAAUAGAUGAAGGAGACGAGGAAGAGUGGGAGAUAUUAGAAUAGGCGUGUGUUAUGCAACGGAUAUGAUGGCCGGCGCAAAAACAAUUUCUUUAUGAAUCUACUCUAUCUGGAGGGUUUAAUGAUCCAGGAGUUCUGAAAACUGUUCUUGACCCAGCAGAAUCCAUCCUUUCUAGUUCAAUAUCAUGUGAAAUUCCUUCUUC